AUGACGCCGGCCAUCACCCACAGCAAAUAUCGCGCCCAGCUUAUUGCGGAUAACCUCGAUCACAUCAUCCACUUGUACAACGGUGGCCUUAAGCCGGCCCUGAUAACCUGCCAGCUCCGUGGGCUCUGCCAGAACCCAGAGCAUGACCCGGAUCUCAAAUUCCUCCUUGCACAGCACAUUCGCAACGCCAUCGCCCUAUAUCGCACCCAAGAACUCGCGGGCCGCACGCCUCUGCAGUUUCUUUAUGAUCAGCUCAAAGACCCGUCUCUCGGCUUCUUCUUCCGGGAUACACGUGACCAGGAAGGCCGGCUGACCGGCCUUUCAUCGCACCGCGCACCGGCAUCGAGCUUUGGAAGCGUUAUCCGAAUGUCCUCCUUUGGACUGUACGUACAAGACCAACCGGUCAGGAUGCCUCUUUUGAACGUGUGUGGCUCUACGGCAGAGAAGAUGACCUUCUCUAUAGCCGCUGUCUUCCUAAGCGGCGAGGCAGAGCCACAUUACAGGUGGUCACUACAGUGCCUGCUAGAGCUAGCCGAAGAAGAGGGGAUUCCGAUGCCACGGGUCAUCGUCACGGAUCGAGAGCUUGCCUUAAUGAAAGCCAUCGUUUCCUUCCCAGCGCUUCGGCUAGUAAUCUGCCUGCUCUGCCGCUGGCACGUCAACAAGAACGUUCUUGCGAAUUGCAAGGCGUACUUCCCUAAGGCGAAGAGGGACGAUAAAAAUCGGGUUAUUCGCGACCCUAAGUUCACCACCUUCCUGAAAGAAUGGCAUUCUCUCGUCAACGCCCCUGAUGAAGCCGCUUACGAGCAACGGCUACAGACGUUCAAGGAACCCGGCCGUCACCCAGAGGCCGCUAUAGCAUACGCUGUGAAUACGUGGCUAGACCGCUGGAAGGAGAAGAUCGUGCUGUGCUUCGUUAACCGGGUGCGGCACCUAGGCCAUACAACAACCUCUAUCGUUGAGGGCAUGCAUGCCUCGAUGAAGCGGUUCCUGUGGACCUCGACGGGCGAUUUGACCUCUGUUUUCCAGCGUUUUAAGGCCUUCUGA